GUUCCGUAAUUCGACCAGUUCAAAGUUAAAUCGUCAUGACACAACUAAAGUUAUUCUCUAUCUUAUUGCUGAUUUGUUUCAACUGUUUGGCUUCUGAAAAUCCAGAGGAGGGCUGCAACGCUCAAUCGCUUGAGAAUAUGAAUUUAUCGCAGUUGAUCUUUGAGGUAAAUAAAAAUGUGAACUGCUUAAACGCUUCUCGUGAAAUGUUCCACCAAAAAUACCAGUCAACGAUAUUCACGAUCAAGGGCCCAUUUGUGAAUGACGAGAAAUAUUCGAUAAGCGAAGAUAAAAACCGAGCCAACGCUAUAAUACGAUCGUACAGUAUGUUUGAAAAGAUUCUCAAGCUGUUUGGCGAUAUGGUUCAAUACUUAGCAAUUCACUUUGAAUCGAUUGACACAUUGAUUGGUCGGAAAAUUGUUAAAUUGGUCAAUAGCAACUGCGUUGAUUCAUUGAUGAUGUUAACGCUUGAGGAUUGCAAAGAAAAUGUUCUCGAUGAUUUGAAUAGUACAUUUCCUGCAGUCGUUGCGUCGGCAUUUUCGAGUAGUUCAUGGCGUAGGCUUGUCAUUCGAGAAGAUACUCCAACUUUAAAUGAGCUAUUUCCGAAAUUAAAUCAAUUGCAAAUUGAGUACACAAGAGCAUCCGAUUGGAAGAUGAUUGGCGAUGAAUUUCCGAAUUUAACAUCUAUCCAUGUGAAUCUACCAAAAAUAAAAGUUGCAGAACUACCCGAUGAAACGUUUGUGGUAAAUUUAACACGAAAAAGUCCGGAAAUUAAACAAUUUUCCAUAAAACACAGCAGCCUAAGUCUGUUAAAGGAAAUCCAUGAUACAUUGCCGAAAUUAGACCAUCUUGAGCUACAUUAUUUUGCAAACAAUUAUUCGAACUUGGAUGACGAUCUCAAUAUAACAAUACGAUUUGAUAAUGUGAUUAGUCUUACUGUGUUUGAAGAUAAAAGUGAUUACAAAACACCGGAAAAGAUUCACUUUCCUCAACUCCAGCAACUCAGACUGAAUCUUCAACCCGAAUUCACUGGCACAUGGAUCGAUUUUAUCAACGAACAAUUAAGUCAAACCAUCAACUCUUUCGAUCUUUCCGUCGGCAUUUUGACGAAUGAACAUCUGUUGACCAUUCCGGUGAUACUGCCAAACUUACAGAGUACAAUUAUUCGCUGCGGAACCGAUUUUAGUGCCAAUGAAAUUAUGGCAUUCCUUGGGAACGGCGAAUUUUUGCAAAAAGUUGAAAUGGUUAUUCAAAUGGAGAAAACGCAGCAGAAUAUUUUGAGAAGCAAACUUCAACGCAAUUGGAAAUAUAGCAUAAAUCCGGCAAAGAGAAGGGUUCAAAUCAUGCUUGAAAGAAUGAAUAAUCAAAAAGACUCGGCAACGGGACUCACAGAAUAUUCAUCACAAAUGCUUGCCAUCACAUUGACAUCACUUGCCAUCGUGACACGAAUUUAAACGACCAUAACAGGACAACAACUACACAGCUGCUU